AUAUGACAAGGAGUGGCCUGAUAACUUGUACAUGCAUGCUUGUACCUAAAUAUUUCUCUCACGCUACAGUAGCUUCAUAGGUGUGGCCACAUCACUCAUGGAGUCCCUGUUUUGGGGAGGGAGGGGUGUAUGACUUUCAAUCAUGGCAGACCAUGUUGAACCGAACCUUGCUUUCACUUGUUGUGACACAAAAGGUUGUCCCACAGUAGAUGCUUAUCAUUCACUUAUCUAACACAGAGGUAGAACAUACGGUGCAGCCCUACAGACUACUACAGAUCAUCGGUUGAAUUUACACAAGAAGCCUCACAACAUCACAACAAAGAGAAAGAGCUUAAUAAAAGCCCCCCUUCAUUUUCCUGGAGAUGUUGAGAAGAAGAGUAACACGGUCAUCUGGACCAGAGCCUGAAUCUCUUGACUGCCCCCCUAAAACUCCUGACAACAGAGAGAUGAGAGACUCCCCCACAGCCCCACUGACUGACAGAACAGACAAGGAGGUGGAGGAUCACACAGACAACUUGUCUCCAAUAGAUCAAAUGGCUGACAUGCACCAAACCAGGAGUCAGAAAUGGAAAGUGAUUUUGAUCAUCUUGUGUCUGUCUGUCACAGUAUCUGUCACACUGUCUUCCCCAUUGGUGACUUUCAGGACCAACUUUACUCAAGCUCACUCCCUUCCUCCCCCUGUUCCCUCUACCUGCCCUCUUCACAUAGCCAAUGAGACUAUAACACCAGUCAAGGGUUCAACUCAUCUAAUGGUGUCUGCAUACCAGGACCACAGGGAAGGGGGAGCCACGCGCAUCAUUGCCAUGGUCAACAGAGACCGACCCAUGUCUCUGUACUGUGUGUUGUGCUGCUCAGGACACGCCCCCCAGGUCGCUCCAGCUGCUGUCGUAACGCACAGCGUCCACUAUGGUUACCCGUAUGUGGCCGCAGACAUGCUUUGCCUUGAAGAACCAGGAUGCAACGCCACACACAUCACUCUUGGCACAUCCCUCGACAUCCAGGACUCCCUCAACCAGACAUUUUUGAGCAUCCAGAACCGGGAGAGACGGGAGGAGGACUUCCCCUUUUACCUCACCAUGUGCAUGUCCAGCAUGUUUGGAGACUACAACAACGUCCAACAGUUUGUCCAGACCAUGGAGUUUUACAAGCUCCUGGGGGUGCGGAGGGUUGUCCUCUACCUCACCAGCUGUGGACCUGACCUGGAGAAGGUCCUCCAGUACUACGCAGAGGAGGGCACUCUGGAGGUGAUUGGCUGGCCCAUCAACAACUUCCUCAAGCCCUCUACUGGCUGGAAGGCCCAGGAGCUGGAAGGGGAUAUUCACCUCAACGGCCAGCUGACCAUCAUGAACGAGUGCAUCUACAGGAACAUGUACAGGUCACGGUACGUCCUCCUGGCUGACGUUGAUCAGCUCCUGGUCCCGGCCUCACACAGCUCUCUUCUGCCCCUCAUGGAGGACCUGCAGAGGCAGCACCCCGACGCAGCCGUGUUCCUGAUGGAGACGCACCUCUUCCCUGCCACAGCCCGUACUGCUACGCAAGACCAUUCCGCACGGAGAAGGGCGCCGGGGGUGGAUCUGCUGGACUACGUCUACAGAGAGCUUGUUCUUGAAGACGCCUUCCGCUCCUACAAGAUGGUGGUCAACCCCCGUCUGGUGCUGCAGACGGCCAUGUUUGAGGUGACACAGAGCUAUGGGGACUCUGUCAGGGUUCCGUCCGACGUGUGUAAGAUCAUGCAGGUGAAAAAGGCUCAGAGAGAAAGCUGGACCAAUGAGCAGCUGAUCCUCGACAGAAGUCUCUGGGAAUUUGGAGAUUAUCUUGUUCCCUCUGUCGAUGAAGUUUUACAGAAAUUAGGAAUUCAGACAUCUCCUUGGGAGCGUGUAGUACUGUAGUUGGUUAAAAGCUUUCCAAUGUUUUGCAUUUGGUAGAGAUGAGAGAAACAGUGAACUGUUACCUGCCUCUGAUCUUCAGUUUAUGUUGUUCCACUCAAACCUGAACUUUUCUUCUUGUUUGGAUGUGUGGUCAUUUUUCCUGGGGGAAUUGAACUUAAUUAAUUAUGCCUAUAAUUGUUACUGCUUGUUCUAAACUUUCUUACCGUUUUUAAUGCUGACUUUCAUGUAAAAGCUCUUGUAAGAUUUAUUACGCAUGACAAAUAAUUUUUUUUUUUUAAAUCAAGAUGCCGUGUUCAUCUACCGUUGUGCUCUAACGGCACCCUUGCACUUUACAAUGGAGUGCAAUAGAGCAGAAUAUUGUGGUUUCUAUUGUCAAAACUGGUUGAAUGGCUAAUUUGACCCUGUAGGCACCUGCAAUUUAUCACCUUUAGUCAUUUGAGUGAAAAAUCGAAAUUUCAGUUUAUAAUUUUUUUUUCUUGGUCCUGUGCAGUUAUAAAUCAAACAAAUACACGUGUGAACACCAAAUGGUUUUUCACUUAUUUUUUUAAAGAAAUAUUGAAUCUUGCAAGUGUGCCAAUAUAUUAGAGCACACCUGUAUAGAUGAUAAUCAAGGAAGAGCAUCUAUAUCCCUCCAAACUAGGAUUAGGAUUUAUAUGUAAACUGUCAUUAUAUCCUUCUUUAAUUACACAUUUGACAGUAUUUGAAUAAAGAAAUCAAACAUAAAUAGUUUGUGCUCUUGUUAAUUUUUCCUUCUGGGAUUAUGUCUCUCUUUUCUAAUUGGUGAAAUCUCCCCAAUUUGUAAUUCCAGGGGUGCAACUUUCACUGGGGACGGGGGGGACAUGUCCCCCACCUUCUG